AUGGAAGAAACAGGGAAAGAUACGGAGAAGCCAGAUCAAUUUAGAGAAGGCGACAUCAGUACUGCUCAUCGAAUGGGUGAUGGAACAAGCUUGGAGUUGUUCUUAACCUUUAUUAAAGUGCAAAAUUUGAAAGAUAAGUCUCGUGUGGCCAGGAGCUUUGAUCACCUAGCUGGGUGGCAUCCGAUGAUCAAAACACUUUGCCAGUGUUCAAUUUCCAAAACGUUGCAGGAGGUUGCUGGUAAUAAUCGUGUCUACAGAAAUGAGAUAUAUCACUCUGCUGCAGAAUAUACACAGGUGUUGCAGGAAGUAGCAUCAGACCCAACUCUCCCUCGUACUAAAUCUGUUCGUUGUGCUGUAUGCGGCCAUGGGGAAGCUGUCUUCUUACAGUGCACAUCUUCUCUUUUCUUGGCCUUUUGGCACAGCAGCGGAGGCAACUUCAAGAGAGGAAGGCAUGGAACUGUUUUAUGUAUGCUGCAACCCAAACUGUGGGCAUCGGUGGAGAGAUUGAAGCUUUUCUACCCAGAAUUUAAAGCUCUAUAUGCUGAUGCAUAUGGACUCGUGUCAGUUUCACCCCUGAAUCCAAAUAUGGCUCUAGAUUCCUUAUUGAUCACUGGAUGCAAAUACCGACUUGUGUUGUUUUCGCUUCUGAAUCCCAUUACGACGUUAGUUGUUCAAGCUUCAGUGGAUUCAAAACUGUCACCAUAUAGAAUAUGCAUAUGUAUGCGUUCAACUUAA